UAUCUCUCUCAUCGAAAGUAGAAGUAGGGUCUCUACUUUCAAGCUUGAUUAAAAAAGAGAGAGAAGGUUAGAGAGAGAGAGAGUUCAGAAAACCAAAAAACCCACCUGCAUUCACGCUGCCCAUUUCCCUCUCUUCGCUUCCCAACAAUAAAAAUCUCACCUUUAGCCACCCGAGAAACCCACCUUCCUGCAACACCCCCGCCCCAAACCGGAAGACUGAAAAAGGGGCCAACUUUCCGCAGAUCAAAGAGGGGAAUUCUCGAAGCGGGAGCACCUGAUGGACUCAAGGGACGCGCCACCGCCACCCGGGAUGGUGGGGGUCGUGGGGUCCACCGGCUCCUACCCCACCGGCGGCCCCCAACAGGCACCGACCCAGCAGCAGCAGCAGCAGCAGCAGCCGCCGCAACACCUGAUCAACCCCAAUUCGUCGGCGGUCAUGAUGCAGCACCGCUUCCCCUUCAACUCCAUGGUGGCCUCCGGGCCGCACCCCCCGCCGCCGCCCCAGCAGCAGCAGCAGCAGCAGCAGCAGCAUCAGCAGCAUCAGCAGGCGGCGCAGCAGGAGGGGGGGAUGGAUGCCCUCGGUAAUGCCGGCGGCAUUUACGACGGAUCGUCGCAGUCGGGGCUGAGGCCCGGCGGUUUCUCCAUCGAGCCGGCCAAGAAGAAGCGUGGGAGGCCCAGGAAGUACACUCCCGAGGGCAACAUUGCCCUAGGGCUCGGGCCCGCCUCGGUGCACUCCUCCUCCGGCGGGGAUCAUCAUCAUCACCACCACCAUGGCGGCGGCGGUGGCGGAGGAACCAGCGGCGGCGGAGGUGAUGGGAACCUCACGGGCUCGUCCGAGCCGCAGUCUAAGAAGCACAGAGGGAGGCCACCUGGGAUGGGGAAGAAGCAAAUGGAUGCUUUAGGAGCUGGUGGAGUUGGUUUCACUCCGCAUGUGAUCCAUGUCGACGCUGGUGAGGACGUAGCCUCUAAAAUUAUGGCCUUUUCAUUGCAAGGACCCCGUACAAUUUGUAUUCUCUCAGCAAGUGGAGCUAUCUGCAAUGUAACCCUCAAGCAGCCAGCAAUGAAUGGUGGAACUGUGACAUAUGAGGGCCGAUUUGAGAUAAUCUGUCUAUCUGGAUCCUUCCUGUGUCCAGAAAAUGAAAGUGGUCGCAGCAGAGCUGGUGCAUUAAGUGUGUCAUUAGCAGGUCCAGAUGGUCGAGUGCUCGGUGGAGGGGUUGCGGGAUUGCUAAUUGCCGCUACACCUGUACAGGUUAUUGUUGGAAGCUUCCUUGCAAAUUCAAAGAAAGCAUCUUCAAGUGCUCUCAAGUCCGACGCUUCUCCAACGCCACAGGGUCCACAAUCCCAUAUGUUGAACUUUGGUACAGCUGGAACAGCAGUGAGCCCCCCCUCUGACGGAGCAUCGGCCGAUUCAUCUGAUGAAAAUGGCAAUAGCCCAAUUAAUCACCGACCUACCGGAAUCUACAACAACACUAGCCAGCCGAUCCACAAUAUGCAGAUGUACCACCAUCUGUGGGCUGGCCAAACUCCUCACUGAAGAAGUUAACUGAGAUAUAACUGGCUUUCUGGGUACUACUCAACUUGAGAUCAUUGUUCAUCGUAGCCGCAGAUAUAUAUACAUUAGGCCAACUUGGCAGGCAUCACCCAAAUGACAUCUUAAUGAGGCAUCCUCUCGUCGACUCCAUUUUAUUUCUUGUUUAGUCUUUAUUCUCUUUCUGAACUUGGUUACUGGGGGUUUGUUAAUUUGAAUCUUAUCGGAACAUGGUGCUGUUGUUGAUAGUUGAUAGCAUGGGAAGCAUUUUCUUGAGGAUUCUUUGCUUGUUUCGGCAAUUACUUCCCAUCUCUGGUUUCUUGUUUCAA